GGGGCGGCGGGGAUUCCCCCCUUUCCCAACAAAGCCUCCUCUGCGCGGCGUUUGUCUGCGCCACCGUCGCAGCGGCUUCGUAGCCUUUUCUCACCAGCAGAGCAAACGCCUUCGGGGGUGGGUUUCCGCACGUUUACAGUGGUGUCCUGCGGGUUUACAGUGUCAUAAUUUGACCGCACGCAGACUGCCGCCCAUUGCGUUCGCGUUGAGUGUGUGAGAGAGGAUCUCACACUAGGAGGGUAGAAAUGGGUAGUAAAAUCUGCUCGGAGCACGUACUGUUUGAUUAUUUAAUGUUUUGUUGAAAUCAGGAUUUAAAGGUUACCGCUGACUUUUGAAGAUGUAGCCAUUUAUUUCUCUGAGCAAGAGUGGCAGCACCUAGAGACAUGGCAGAAGGAACUUUACAAGCAAGUCAUGAGAACCAAUUAUGAGACUCUCAUCUCUCUAGAUAAUGGACUGCCCAAACCAGAACUAAUAUCCUGGAUGGAACUUGGGAGAGAGAACUUCGGCAGCUGGGGAGAAGGACAGAAAGUAGACAGAGGAAUUCGCUGUUCUGUAGAUGAUGUGUGUGUUCAUCGAGUCACUGAGGAACAGUUACCCGAGAGUAGCCAGCAAGCUGUGAAGUCAAGAGAAGUCACAUGCCAUUUCCCAUUUCCCAUACAUCCUCUGGAGAGUCAGCAUUCCUUAGGACUUGCUUUAGGAGAAAGGGAAGAUGUUUCCCUCAGACCUGAUCAAGGCAUCAGUCUUGUAAACGCACAAACCCAACAUGGUGAGGCUUUGGUUUCAGUGCAGAGCUCCAGUGAGGCUGCCCAAAGAAAAGUGCUCUCAAGUCACAAAACUCUGGUUCUCCCUGGCUUGCAGAAAGUUUCCUCUUGGCAGAGUACCCAGCACUCUUGUUCGGUCUGUGGGGAAAACUCUUGGGAGAAGAAUCACUUAGUGAAGCAACAAAAGGGCCACUCCAAGAGCCUGUCAUGUAGGGUCUGGAAGAAGUUCAGCAGACAGGCUGAUGCUAAACAGCAGCGGGACGUCUCAUGUCCUGAAUGUGGGAAGAGCUUCUGCCUGAAGCAGUCCUUGGUGAGACAUCUAGAUCUCCAUCUAAGGAAGAGACCACCCCAGUGCCCUAAGUGCAAAAUGUGCUUCCAUCAUGAGCAUCUCCUUUGUAGCCACCACCUCAAGCAAGUCUCUUCUCAGCACCCCAAAUGUGACACGAGCUUCCCAAUAGAUAGCAAUGUUCACCCGUGCGAGCAGGUUCAAGAAAGGCCAGCCUUCUGGAAAGAAGACACCAGUGUGCCUUCAAGACAGAAGCCAGGCCCCAGUCUAGACUCUGAGGACUGCUGCCACACUGGUAGCAAGCUGAAGUACCUGCAGUGUGACUGCAUCCUAGGUGAAGACAGACCCUGCUCGUGCUCAGAGUGUGGCAGUUGCUUCCUCUCACAGUCUAAGCAGGCAGGUCUCUGCAGGGAACACCCAGGAGAAAAAUCCUUGCAGUGUCCAGAAAGCAACAAGUGCCUCUGCCUGAGAGGCUUACAGAAUGUCCACCAACAUGUGCAUAGUAGAGAAAGACCAUUCUGCUGUAGAAAAUGUAAUCAGGGAUUCACCAGACAUUGCAGACUCACAGAACACACCCGAAUCCUCAGCGGGGAGAAAUCUUUCUGGUGUGCCCAAUGUGGAAAGAACUUUAGCCAAAAGGCACAGCUGCUGAAGCACCAGCGGCUUCACACAGAGGAAAAACCCUUUCAAUGCACACUGUGUGAGCUGCGCUUUCAUUUGAAGAGCAGGUUGAGGGCCCACCAACUACAACAUGGUGGAGCAAGGCCCUUCUCCUGCAGCGAGUGUGGCCGAGCCUUCGCCUAUCAGUGUAAGCUCCGGGAGCAUCUGAGCGUGCACAGUGGAGAGAGGCCCUUUCAGUGUCCUGAGUGCCACAAGAGUUUCCGCCUGAAGGGCAUCCUGAAGGCCCACCAACGCACCCACAGCAAGGAGAGGCCAUUCUCUUGCGGGGAAUGUGGCAAGGGCUUUACAAGACAAUCUAAGCUCACAGAGCACUUCCGUGUCCACAGUGGAGAGAGGCCCUUCCAGUGUCCUGAGUGUGACAGGAGCUUUCGCCUAAAGGGGCAGCUGCUUAGCCAUCAGCGCCUACACACAGGAGAAAGACCCUUCCAGUGUCCAGAGUGUGGCAAGAGCUAUCGUGUGAAGGCCGACAUGAAGAUGCACCAGCUGCUGCACAGCGGACAGAUGCCGUUCUCCUGCCAGUGUGGGAAGGGCUUUGCCAAACAGUCUAAACUCGUGGAACACAUGAGGACACAUACAGGAGAGAAGCCUUUUCAGUGUCCCAAGUGUGACAAGAGCUUCCGAUUGAAGGCUCAGCUGCUCAGCCACCAGGGCCUGCACACAGGCGAGAGACCUUUCCACUGCCCUGAAUGUGAUAAAAACUUCCGGGAAAGGGGUCACAUGCUCAGGCACCAGCGUAUCCACAGGCCUGAGAGGCCCUUUGCCUGCAGUGACUGUGGGAAGGGCUUCAUUUAUAAGUCCAAACUGGCUGAGCACAUCCGAGUACACACAAAAUCCUGUCAGGUUCCAAGUGAGCCUGAAGUUAAGAAAAGGCUUAGCCAACUGUUUGCAAUGAUAGAGGCUGACUGGAGUUGAGGUAGGCGGGGUUGUCAGCUCUAGGACCAAAGUUUAAUUGCCGGGGCAGCCUGAAGAAUGGUGGCUAAGCCUAGUGGGAAACACUAGGAACAGGGGCUUUUAAAUUUAUAUUUUGGAUGGGUAGGGCCUUCAGGAUGCCCCCCCCCCUUUUUUUUGAAUACCACCAAUUAUAUUUCCUCCUCCUUGGUAAAAAGUGAUAUUUGUUUUUCUUAUUACUUUAAGUGCAUUUCACCCAAAUGCAGUUAAUUCAAGAAGUCCCAUCUUAAGCCAGAAAGAAGUUCCUCCAGUACCACUGUCAAAGUUACAAAGGGGCGGGAGGUCUAUUUAAUAUCAGCUCUACUCUUUCAUUCUUUCCAGAGUGAAAUACAGUGAAUUUUAUUUCUCUUGUGAUAUGCUUUUGAGUUUGCUAUUGAUUCAUUUAUUUUGAAACUGGUAAGAUGAAUUCUCUGAAUUUUAUGUGACUGUUGAAAUUUCUCCUCGGGGUUCUUGAUGAUUAAUGUGUAGCAUGCUUUUAAAAUGAUGAUAAUCACGGGGGUUGGAGAUUUAGCUCAGUGGUAGAGUGCUUGCCUAGCAAGCGCAAGGCCCUGGGUUCAGUCCCCAACUCCGAAAAAAAAAAAAGAAAAAAGAAAAAAAAAUGAUAAUCUGAGUUGUGGAAACAAAAAACCAAAGUUGAGAGGUCUGGAUGCAGAUCAGGGGCUGAAUCAGUGGCUAGAUUUGGGAGUUCUGGCGUGGAGAUGCUAUUUGAAGCAGAAGAAAGACUCUCAAGGAAUAAAUAUUUAAGCAACUGACUAGAGGAUAGGCAAAGCAUAAAACAGAGGUAUCACAAUAUGCAAAUUACUUAUAUUCUCACAUCUUGUAGAACUAUAGAGAUCAGAAAGGAUUUUUUAAAAUUUAUAUUUUAAACUCUAUUGUUACAUAAAGUGUCCCCUCAGCCUCAGACCCAGUGGGUUACUGUGUCAAGGUUCCCCCAUGUUGAAGUCCCCCCCUCUCACCUACCAACCAGUUCUCACUAUAUAGUCUUGCUUGGCUUGAAGUUCACUAUGUAGACCAACCUGGCCUCCACUCAGAUACCCACUGCCUCUGUCCCCCAAGUAAGGAAACACAACUCCCUGAGACUUUCUGUAGGCCUCCCUCCCGGACAGGGAUUCUUGUACUGCACUUAAUUGGAAAUCUAGAAACCAUGUCAUGGUCUGUAUGCAGGAAAAACCUCAAACCAAACCUAACUCCACUUGACAGAGCCAAGUCUCAACCUUUUAAGUUUCUUUGUUAUUAAAUGCCAGAGUAUUCUAAGGAUUUAGUAUUGUUACUAAAAAUCAAACACUAUUAGAAUUUGUAGAAAUGAAACAUUGAAAUAUAAACUCCAACAUAUUUUUAUAUUAAAAACAAGAAAAUUAUGAAAAUUUAAAUCUGCUUUCGAGUCAGACUGCAUGACACUGACUUUAGCAAUUAUGUGCCCACAGAGGCCAGAGGAGAGUGUGUCCUAUGCUCUGGAUCUGGAGUUAUGGACUGUUUCAAGUUGUCAUGUGGGUCCUAGGACUCAAACCUAGGUCUUCUCAAGAGCAGCAAGUAUUCUUGACCUGUGAGCCAUCUCUCCAGCCUUCUUUGUUGGUUUCAUAUUUACUUCUUCAUCUGUAGUGUUUGUGUAUGGGGGGACAGUGCCUGUGCCAUGGUGCUUGUAUAGAGGUUAGAGGACUACUGGUGUUGGCCUUCUCUUUCUACCUUUGUUGUCUCUGUUCUGUGCACUCCAGAUGAGUAGGCCUGUGAACUUUAGGGGGAUUAACCUGCCUCUGCCUCAUACCUCACAGAGGAAAUGCUAGGAUUGCAGAUAUGCACCACGGUGUCCAGCUUUUUAUUUUUAAAUUAUUUAUUUAAUUAUAUGUAUGUGUGUGGCUCUACUCAACUGAGAGCGUGUGCUCUAGGAGGCCAGAGUCCUCUACAUGCAGAGUUCCAGGGAGUGAGCCACCCGCUGUGAGUGCUGGUGGUGGAAUUCAGCUCCCUCACAAGAGCUCUACCUCUGAGCUAAAUCCCCAGCUUGCAUUACAUACCCUUAACCAUUGAGUCAUCUCUCCACCUUUGCAUGCAGUUUUUAUUUGAGUUUUGAGGAUCCAAACUGAGGUCAUCAGGUUGAAUGUCUUAAUCUGCUGAGCCAUUUCCCCAAUCCAGGAAUCUUACAUUUUUUAAAUAUUUAUUUUAUUUAUUGGGGCUAUUAUUGACAUAAAUACAUAAUAUCUAAGUGUACAGAACCUGACUUUUAAAAUGCUUCCUCAGAUAGCAUAAAAUAUUAUUAAACAUAUAUAAUAUUAUACCCUGAAAACUACUUGGCAUACAGGUUUUUUAAUAGAUACCACAUGAGCAAAUGAAGUGGUAAAAUUUCACAAUAUUACUAGGUUUUAUUUAUAUUUCAAUGCUUCAUUUCUACCAAUUCCAAUAGCGCUUGUCUUUUUAGUAAAAAUACCGAAUACUUAGAAUACUCUGCCAUUUAAUAACAAUGAAACUUAAGGAGUAUGAUCUUAAGAGGUUGGAUUUGGCUCUGUGGUAGUACACAUGACAGUAAGACCCAGAUCCAUCCUCAGCACUGUUGAAAACAAAAUGAAACUUAAGGAUUAAUUCAGCUUGUGAGAUUAAAAACAUUAGUGAUCAGUACCUCUGGAACAAAAAGAAAAUUACUGGGGUUGGGGAUUUAGCUCAGUGGUAGAGCGCUUGCCUAGCAAGCGCAAAGCCCUGGGUUCAGUUCCAGCUCCAAAAAAAAAGAAAAAAGAAAAAGAAAGAAAAAGAAAAAAGAAAAUUACUGAGCCAACAAUUCAUUUCUGUGAAGUUAGAAGUAGCUAAUCAAGAGUGAUCCUCUAGGGUUGGGGAUUUAGCUCAGUGGUAGAGCGCUAGCCCUUGCCUAGCAAGUGCAAGGCCCUGGGUUCGGUCCCCAGCUCCGGGGGAAAAAAAAAAAAAGAGAGAAAAAAAAAAAAAGAAAGAAAGAAA